AAUGCCCAGCAUAUCGGGGCAGCAGGACAGAGCCCAGGGCGCGCACGGAGCCUCCGGGUGACUCGCUCCUCCCGCCGCAGCCAUGACGGAGAGCUCGGACAAAGUUCCCAUCGCCCUGGUGGGGCCCGACAACGUCGAGUUUUGCAGUCCCCCGGCGUACGCCACGGUGACCGUGAAGCCCUCCAGCCCCGCGCGGCUGCUCAAGGCCGGAGCCGUGGUCCUCAUUUCGGGGGCGGUGCUGCUGCUGUUCGGGGCCAUCGGGGCCUUCUACUUCUGGAAGGGGAGCGACAAUCACAUUUACAAUGUCCAUUAUACCAUGAGUAUCAAUGGGAAAUUACAAGAUGGGUCAAUGGAAAUAGAUGCUGGGAACAACUUGGAGACCUUUAAAAUGGGAAGUGGAGCUGAAGAAGCAAUUGAAGUUAAUGAUUUCCAGAAUGGCAUCACAGGAAUCCGUUUUGCUGGAGGAGAGAAGUGCUACAUCAAAGCCCAGGUGAAGGCUCGCGUUCCUGAGGUGGGCACCGUGACCAAACAGAGCAUCUCCUCCGAACUGGAAGGCAAGAUCAUGCCAGUUAAAUAUGAAGAAAAUUCUCUUAUCUGGGUGGCUGUAGACCAGCCUGUGAAGGACAACAGCUUCUUGAGUUCUAAAGUCUUAGAACUCUGUGGUGACCUUCCUAUUUUCUGGCUUAAACCAACGUAUCCAAAAGAACUCCAGAGAGAAAGAAGAGAAUUGGCAAGAAAAAUUGUUACAAAUACCACAAAAAGACCACAGAGUGGACCACAGGGCAACCCAGCCCCAGGAAGACCAAACAACGAAACGAGACCCGGUGUUCAAGAGGAUUCAGGCCCCUUCAAUCCAGACAACCCUUACCACCAGCAGGAAGGGGAAGGCAUGACAUUCGACCCUAGACUGGAUCACGAAGGAAUCUGCUGUAUAGAGUGUAGGCGGAGCUACACCCACUGCCAGAAGAUCUGUGAACCCCUGGGAGGCUAUUAUCCAUGGCCUUAUAAUUAUCAAGGUUGUCGUUCGGUCUGCAGAGUUGUCAUGCCGUGUAGCUGGUGGGUGGCCCGCAUCUUGGGCAUGGUGUGAAAUCACUUCAUAUACCACGUGCUGUCAAGUAAGUUUUAACUUGAGACAAGCAAAGUAUGAAGCAUCUUGAUGCUCAAGGGACCACGAAGUAUUUUAUACUCAAUCUGAGCGAUGUUAUUCAAGACUUUUAACAGAAUACUUUUUAAUAGCUUUAAACAGAACUUUAUCCAGAAUGUUCAAAGGUACUGAAAAGGUAGUUUAAGUCUAAAAAUGUCAUAAUCAUCCUUUAUUACUUGCUAUUUUUUAUCUGCUUUGCUUUGCCCAGAAGGCCUGCUUAUAAGACUUCCUUCCCAAGCUAUUUUGAAAUACACAUGAAAACUUACAAUUUGUUAAAGAUCUCAAUUGUACAUUUGAGUUCCUUUUAAUCAAGUCAUUGACUAAAAUAAAGUUUUUCUCUGUUAUUUGUACAGAAUUCCUCAACUGUUCUUAGACUGUAUUGUUCCUCCCAGUCUUGCAAAUGUACCCCUGGAGUUCUGAGAUAAAAACAAACAAAAAAAGAAAACAGGACACAUAAUGGAAUCCACCUGAGAGUAAACAAUAUAAACCUCAAUGUGGUGGCUCAUAGAAAAUUCCUUAUCUACAGUAUGUGCUGGCAUGUGAUUAACAGGUGGCUGCCCUAUAUUAAGAGCCACCUUCAGGAAAAGAGCAUUAGGAUAAAAAAGGAAAAUAUGGUCAAAGAUAAACCAGACUUGUGGGGAAGGGCUUUCAUUGACAUUCUGAAAAGCAGGUCUUCACACCCUUUUCAAUCUGUUUUCAGUAAGCGGUCAUUAGGCAUGAAGCAGCAUAAUGAUUUCUACCUUCUAGUACAAAUCAGGCUGCUGAUGUAGUCCAAUUACCAAUAAGUUACUCUCCUAGUAAUAGGGCUGACAGUGCUACUUGGCAGAUAUGGCUGAGGAGGAAUGGCUUAUUUAUUUAUAACAACAUAAAGAAAGCAUCUCAGGAACAAGGACUGUAUUUAGAAAUUGAAAUACUAGAACAGGAAGAUGAACAGGUAUUUUCUAUUUUUUGACAUUUUAGUUUUGAAUCCCAUAGUUUGAAAGAGAAAGAACUUUCCUAAGGAAAUAAAAGUUUUCCAAAACAACACAAGGAUUCGGA